AUGAGCGAAAGCGAAGAAAUUUUAGAAAAGCGUCAAAGCUCUCAAAAUGUUUGUAAGCUAGUGCUGACAGGUUCUGAACCUGCAGGAAAAUUAUUAUGCUGCGAGAAUAAUAGCCCUUGUUAUGCUAGCCCUUCGUCUUGUUCUAGUAGUGAUAGGCUAUGGCAGUGUUGGGAUAUUAGAGAUUUUGAUCCCUGCAACCGGAAUGAUACCGUCGCCAGUAUAGCUUGCCAGUUACGGAAUGGCGUAUAUUGUCUGAAGGGUUUAAGUGAUUAUACAUAUAAUCAAAACUCUCAAAAUUUAGCCGCUAUAAAUUGGAUAUUAAGUCGUGACACCGUAGUGUACUCAGUAAAUGGUGCGAGUACUUGCUGUUUUAACAGCUGUUGUGACGAUUACUGUUCCUACGACGGUUGUGGUGGUAUUCAUUAUCCUGUACAAUGCACUGAUUCUCUCGAUUCGGGGUCCUGUCUAAUUACUAAUGAUGCUGGAGCGCAAAAUCCUUUCAACUAUCAAGUACAAGUAUGUGAUAAUAACUCUUAUUAUAUUAUACCAGAGCCAUCUGCAAUUCAAACAACCGUCGUCACUCUUACCGCCGAGACCCAAACUGUAACUUUUACGCCAGAAAUAACAGUCACAGCACCAACACAAACAACGACAUUGACAUCUAGUG